AGACAAUAGGAGAGUUCGGUGCACUAGUUGUGUUAGUACAAUGCGUCCUAGCCCGUGCCAGCCCGCGGGCCGGGCGAGGCCCGGACCGGCCCGGGCCAUUUAUAAAACAAAGGUUCAAUCUUUCUUCGAUGCAGGCGGCGUCCGCUCGUGGUUGGUUUCGCCACCUCGCGAUUCCGAUGGACGAAGCUCCGGGCGCGCCCUUGCCGCGGGAAUUCCUCGACUUCCUCGGCGAGAACGGCCUCGACCCUUCGAUCUACGCCUCCGGCGACUGUGUACCUCGUUACAUAAGGUUGAAACCUGGAAGCGAAUCGUGUCUCCGAGAGCUCGAAGGUGAGCUUGCGUGUGAGCCGGAGAGAGUUGAUUGGUUGCCUGGUUUUUAUUCGCUUCCACCAAGGGUUCAUAUUGCUGGUACAAAAGCGUACCGUGAAGGCAAACUUUAUGGGAUUGAUGCUGCCUCUGGAGCUGCUGUUUCGGCUUUGAGCAUAACUGAGGGAGAUCACGUGCUCGAUCUUUGCGCUGCUCCUGGUGCUAAACUUUGCAUGAUUCUGGAUGCUCUUGGUCAUUCGGGGUCUGUCACUGGUGUUGAUGUUUCUGAACACCGUUUGGCAGCUUGCAGAACAAUGCUGCAGAAGUAUGAUCUAGGUGACCGAUGCCGAUUAUUUGUUGCCGAUGGAACGACAUUUUCUGUGAUUCCUGCUAGGGUUCAUUCCUACAAAUCAUGUGAAUCCACAACAAACGAAAAGGUUCAAACGUUCCAAGAAUGGACUUCUAGGAGGCCAUGGAAAGAGAGGAAAAGAGAAGCAAGAGCCCGACAAAGUGGUACUUCCAAGUCUCGCCUAGGAUUUCAAUAUCCUGAGAUUAUAUUCUACGGGAAGCAUUCUGGAGUUGUCGGCCUCACCAAAGAUGAGUUGCAUCAGACUGUGUCCAACAAUGAGCCCCUGAACUGCGGCUAUGACAAGGUUCUUGUUGAUGCAGAAUGCACUCAUGAUGGUUCGAUAAGGCAUAUUCAGAAGUUUGAGCAGUGGGGAUGGGAAACUCUUCAACAUCGUGUACUGAAUGCAGAGAGAACAGAUAACCUGACAUUGCUCCAGUUAAAGCUCUUAAUCAAUGGCUUCAGGUUGCUGAAAGUUGGUGGGACACUCGUCUACAGCACUUGCAGUUUGACUGUUGCUCAAAAUGAAGAUGUGGUAGAACGAUUCCUCAAGGAAAACGCGUCUGCUGUGCUGCAGGAGAUUGAUGCUGCAGCAAGUUGGCCCUGCAAGAGUGGGAGGUUACCCAAGACUUUGCGCUUCAAUCCUUCUACUUCUCAAACCAGUGGACUUUUCGUGGCAAAGUUUACAAAAGUUGGCUUAUGAUUAGGAGGGAACUAGACUCGAGUUUAUAUUUACCAUUCCUAUACCUCAGUGCUCAACAAUGCAAUGGUGAUGGAUCAGCUGAUUAUUAUACCUAAUAAUUUGAAGUUUCCAUGAGCUGAGAGCCCACAAGUUUUGUCAUUCUUGUCAAGGGAUGAUGCAAAUUGGUGUAACUUUUUCUACACUUGAUGCUUUAUAAAACAGUCUUUGAAGUUUGUACUU